AUGAUGGCCAGUCAAAUCGCUCUGACAAUCCAGUUCGGCUUUGCCCUGGUCUUACUGGCCUUCUGGCGCGCAUUUACGCCACAUACUUGGCUCAAUCGGCUUAUCUCCUAUUUGGUGAAUUGUGCGUUGCUUUGGUGGUACCCAAUCCAUUCAACAGACGGCCAAGCCUCGAUUCCGACCUGCCCGUACCGAUUUCCGGAUGGUGGAGGGAGUCUCAAAUUCCUUGAAUACGAAAGGGUCUCUCGUCGAUGGGUGGAGGAGUAUGGACCGGUCUAUCGCAUCUGGGUUGGUCUGACGCCUGAGAUCAUAUUGACUCGAGCCGAGGAGAUCAAAACAGUCUUCAGAGAUUCUGGAGAUCACCAGAAGGCUUCGAACCUGAAUGGGGGCUGGGUCAUGGGGAAUCUGGUUGGGGAUGGGGUGGGUCUCAUCAGCCGGGGCCACUGGAAACAUGUUCAUGCGGUGGUUUCGCCUCCAUUUACUCAGAAGGCCACUACUUACGUCCCGUUGGUCCAGUCACGAGUGGUCCGACAGUUCAACGACCUUCACGGGGAAAUUCGUGUUGGAGAGGCGUGGCGUCUGAAGCCAGCCGAAGAUCUGAAGCUUCUGCCUUUCUGGGUCAUCAGUGAUCUCCUGUACGGAGAACUGCCUCCGGAGAUGGUGCAAGAACUCCUACAUAUCACCGACCUGCGGACCGAUAUUUUCCAAUAUGCUUUCAAGGGCGGACUUUCGUUAUUCUCCUUCACAAAAAUCUUCUCUCCGAUCAUCCGGGCCAAGUUGCGCGUCUUCCACACGCGGUGGGCGGAAUUCAACCGGCAAGCAUAUCAACGCGUCAAAGCCAGCAGCCAGGGCUUCACAUGUGCGAUCGUGCCUUUGUAUGCAGCGGUCGAGAGUGGCCAGCUCACCCCAACAGAAUUGAUGCAUACUCUCGACGAGGCGCUCUUCGCGAACAUUGACGUCACGAUCGGCAGCUUCUCAUGGAUCCCGUCCUUCCUCGCCGAGGACAUCGCAUCUCAGGAGGAGCUCCGAAGGGAGAUCUCGGAUAUACGCUCGGACAAUUCCAAAGAUGCGUGGGCGCGAUACAUUGCCAGCAACUCUACCAUGCUGGCUUGCUGCAUCAAUGAGUCCGCGCGGCUGCGGCCUGUCACGAAUUACACUUACGCCCAAUCGAUCCCCACGGAACGCGAUGUUGGUGGAUUCCGCAUCCCCAAGGGAACCUACAUGGUGGUCGAUACCAAUGCGUUAAAUAUCCGGGAUGAGUCCUGGGGCCCGGAUAAGACGAGCUACCGACCGCGACGAUUCUUGGCCGAAUCCCGCUCGUAUUUCCGCUAUCGGUUUUGGCGCUUUGGCUUCGGGCCGCGCCAAUGCAUUGCCCAGGCGUUGGCAGAUACGAUACUGAAAGUGUUGGUGGCAUACAUGGUUGAGCAUUACCGUCUCAGUUGCCUUGAAAAAUCGGCUAUAGACAGCCAGAAGACGCAGAAACAAGGGGAUGCAUGGUUCAAGGUCGCAGAGCAAGCGAUUAUCUUGGAGGCUCUAUGA